AAGUUUUCUGCUUCCUGCAACAGGGUUCAACAGGCGGCGAUCAGUUCGCGCUGACUAACCCGCCCUGCCGGGAAUCCGUGUGGGCGGAAAGAGUAUACGUGGGGAACGGAUAUUCUCCUUUUCUCCUCUUCUCCUGCUCUCCUGCUCUGGACUCGCUGUCAAUGUCAUCCCCAGUCCAUUCUCGUCUGUAUCUGUGCCAGUGGUAAUGUACAUGUACAGAGCUACCGCCUACAUAGGUGCUUGGUUAACCCCACUGGUCACCACCCAGAUCUAAAACCCUGCGGAGCCUACGUCACAGCUUCAGUUGAAGAUCGCACUUCCUCUUUCCUCGUCCUCUUUUUUUUUUUUUCUUUUUUUUUUCUCUCUUCCCUUAAAGACACUCACAUAUGUCGGAGCAUAUUCCUUGACAGAUAUUAUCCUAUUCCGCCCGCUUCCAUCCGCCGUUGGGUCAUGGUAUGAGGUGCUUGUCUCUCGCUGUUGCAACAAACCCCCCCUGCGCAUAGCCAUCAUCCUCAACCGCCUUUGCCGAAACCACUCUUUUAUAGACACUCUCUGUAGCCUUCUAUGUGGAAGCCUCCCUUUUUUCCAUAUCCGCCUUCCCAGGCUGGGUACUGGGCUCCUAUUACUUCAACGCUGAACUGGUGCGAAGAGGAUUACUAUGCGAGCUACUAUCUCGCUGAGUUUGUGAAUGCGCUCACGAAUUGUCUAUUCCUCUGGCUAGGCAUCAAAGGCGUCCUAAGUUGCAGAAGGAAUGGCCACGACUCGAUUUUCCAGAUUGCCUUCCUUGGUUACCUAAUCGUCGGAUUUGGUAGCUUCCUCUUCCACUCUACAUUGAAAUACCCGAUGCAACUCGUUGAUGAACUUUCCAUGAUCUACACAACCUGCUUAGUCUGCUACGCCACAUUUACCUAUGCCAAAUCUACCAAAACCCGUAUAGUCCUCGCACUAUCCCUCAUGGGCCUUGCUAUUUUCAUCACUCUAUACUACCACUACAUCCAAAAUCCAAUCUUCCACCAGAAUGCUUAUGCCCUGCUCACGGCUGUUGUUCUCAUACGCAGCAUGUGGGUGAUGGAGACUGCGCUGCGGCCCUCGCGGCGCAACAAGGGCAAGGAACGCCACCAAUCGCGCCAGAUCUAUGAAGACGAACGUGAUUUGAAGAUUCUACAUACCAUGUGGGUCAUGGUGGCUUAUGGUCUCGCUACGUUCUUGGGCGGCUUCGCGAUUUGGAAUCUCGAUAAUGUGUUCUGCUCCCGCUUGCGAGGGUGGCGGAGGCAGAUUGGGUUGCCUUGGGGCAUCUUACUGGAGGGCCAUGGCUGGUGGCAUCUCAUGACCGGCACCGGCGCCUACAUGUACAUUAUCUGGGGCAUCUGGCUACGCCACUGUCUAAAUGGUCGCCAGGAAGAAUAUCAACUGGUCUGGCCCCGCAUCUAUAACUUUCCGGACAUCGUUCGUGUUCCUGAUCAUGACAAGAGAGGCACAAAUGGUUCGGCCAAAGCGCAUAAGCCCUACCAAAAUGGAAUGCCGGAAAAGAUCAAUUAGGACUUUCCUGACUUUCUGCUCUGUCCCCAUUUCCUAGUUUUUUUUCUACGUAUAUACGUAUUUGGAGGUAGUUAUUUUGAAGGCGCAAACCUUGCUGUUUUGCAUUCGUCUAUAUUAUGUAGACGUAUGUUUUGUGAUAUAUGAUACAUCUAUAUUAGACAGGGUUGGUGUACUUUGUUAGUGCAGCGAUGAUCUGGCAUCAGAUUUCCUUUCCUUUCCAUUUUUUUUCGCCUCCCCUCUUUAUUUCCUUUUAUCCUGUACUAGACCUUUCGUGUGUACUGAUAUAUAGUUUCUUUUCUUUUUUUUUUUGGCGGUGCAUCAGCUUUGGAGUAUCUAAAUUACGGCCUUACUCCUUUUGCUGCGGAUGGGGAAAUUGCGAAUAUUCGAGGACAUUAGAAUAACUCUUGUAAAUUUAUAUCGAUGAAUAGGAAAUGUAUCUAUCUACAUCACGCGGUUCACUAUUCAAAAGACCAAAAUCAAACAUAAACCUCCAAGAGCUAACAAAACAUAAGCCAAG